UCUGAGAAUAAAUGGGUUUGCUUGAAGAAUGGAGCUCCAUUAACAUUAGUCGAUGUAUAUGAUGCUUGUAGUUUCUUUACGGCGAUAAAAGUUCGGUAUUUCGACUGGGUCCUCUUGUUAGCGUUCGUAUUCCACAUAGGGUUGUUACUUGUAGGCCCCUUUUCACAAGGUAUUCUUGUACCCUAUGUACAAAAUUAUACUGACUCAACGGGGGCAAGGUUCUAUUAUACACCUGCUGAUUACAUUGGUGACCGUAGUAAUUUAGGCACAAGCAACAUGCCUCCUAAAAUGAACGGGCUGUCUAAAAAUGCCUAUAUCACUGCUUCCAGUUUUGCACAAGUAUCUGUGGGCGCACAACCCCCAGCUUUAUAUUCAUGCCCUACAGGUGCUCUAAAAUGCCAAUUUACCAACGUUAGUUUUAUCAGUACGAAAAUGACUUGCCGCAAUAUCACAGAAAAUGACACAGCCAUUGUCAAUCGCUGGGGAACAACACCCACGAUGGUUGUCUUGAAAGAAUACUUUACCAAUUUGAACAUUAGUGCUGGGCUCACGAAAAUAACGUUUCCCAAAUUUCUGUAUGCGCCCGAAAUGCUUGGACGCACUUAUUAUGAUUUGCUAAACUAUACGGCGCCUCUGAUGCCUGGUCUCAACAUUACAACACUUUUGGCGGAUAAUAAGGUGUAUGAUCCUCAGUACCGUCCCUACGUGGGUGAGCAGCUCUUUAUCAUGGCGACACAGAAGAAUAACCAGAAAAGUCGACACGCGUCAAAUUAUACAGAGCUUGCGUUUCAGAAAUGCCACUUCAAUUCAAGCCUGAAUGUUGUACGUAGUAACAAACGCUCCUCUGUGUUUCUAUUUUUUUCCGGAAAAAAAUUGCGGUUGUACUGA